AUGAUGUUAUUAGUUUUCCUAAUUGUAAUAAUGAUUAUGACCGGGUUGCUGGCUGGGUUCAAGCAUUAUGGCUCUUCAAAGUACAGAACAAUUCCUUUUAAGAUAAAAUCAAGAGCUCCCGAGAAGAUUGCAUCUACAAGGCUACUUGGGAUGACUAUAGAAGAUGCUAUGAAGAGACAUCCGCUAUUCAAUUUCUACCCAAGACAGUCAAUCAAAGAGAUUUUAGAAAGCUGGGAUAGAGUAAAGUAUAAAAAUGGGGACAUAAUAACAACGCCUGGAUUUAUAUUACAAGGUUGUGUGGAGAUAUGGUAUGGAAAUUCCCUUACCUGCAUAAAAGAAAAAGGCUCUUUUCUUAAUGGAUCUAUGGAGCUUUUAGGAUAUACCACAAGAGGAAUUAAGAAGGCAAAAGGCUUUGUUGAGGUUCUCUUGGUUGAUGCCUCUUUAGCCAGAACCGAUGUAUGGUAUAUCUUGUUUUCCAUGGUUAGAAAGUCAUGUAUCGAGGUAGCUUGCAAGUAUUUUGAGUUGGAAGGCAAGCUUGUAGAAAAAGAAACUAUGAAGAUUGGAGGUGACGGAAUGAGCCAUCUAGAUUUGUUUCUAGAUUUUCUGAACAGAAAGUUUUUGCAAGGCUUGGAUGAUGGAAAGGAGGCACUUAAAAAGAGCAUUGAAACUAGAUUUGUUGGUAAAGGUGAGGUUCUUAAGGACUCUGGAGAGCCUAUGGAUUAUAUUGUGUAUGUGGUUUCCGGAGAGAUUCAGGUACUAGCGGGAGAAAAUGCUUUUAGUUUUGGAAAUGGAUCCCUGUUUGGAUAUUUUUCCUUAUUUUUUGAUUCAUAUUCGUCCAUCAAGAUUCUGGCAAAGGGAGAUUCCUCGAUUCUUAUAUGCAAUUCAUCGGUUCUGUUCAAACUUGGCCUGGAUGAAAAAAGAUUUGAUCAUUCUAUGUUACUGGAUAUCGACGAGUGUCUCCAUGUAAUAGAUGAGUCAGUCGAAUGGAUAAGGCUUUCCCCAGGGGAUAUGAUUGUUCAAAAAGGAGGCACUUCGAAGGAGAUCUUCUACAUUGCGGCUGGAAGCAUAAAGUCUGCUUCGAAGGAGUUUUCUUCUGGAAUGGCGAUAGGGGAUAGGGAAUGCAUCUUUGGGGAAAAUUGGGGCGAAUCUUUUGUGGCAACCAAAAUAACCGAUAUUGUUCGGAUUCCAUCUCUUUUAGUAGACUAUUUCUUUGAAAAUGACAAGACUUUCUUCAAAAAGUACACCAAAAGACUGUUUGAGAAUGGAAGUAGAAAGAAUGGAAAAAUAGUCAGCAUCAUUCCGAUUGGGCAAUAUAGGGAUAUUGAGUCUUUUUCAAGAAGGCUACGAGCAGCAAUCGGAGCUUCUUCAUUGCUUUUGAACCGUAAGGAUGUUGUUGACAUUCUUGCAAGAAGAUCGUUUGAUACGACUGAGGAGCUCGGGUUCAUGGAUUACCUUACAAAGAUGUCUAAGCGCUAUGAAAUAAUUCUUAUUUACGUAGAGAACGAAUAUUCUAGAUUAUUGAGGUACUUGCUAAACUUUUCGGACAUUUUGUUGACAGUUGGAACAACAUUUGCCGACAUUCCCGAGUACAAUGUUUACUGUCGAAUAGAAUUUGUCAAAAUCUACGAGGAAAGAAAGGCUUUAAACGAAAGGAGCAUGAGGAAGCGAGAGAAAACUGCACCUUCUCGCACCGGGAACGCGAAUGAAAAAGAGACGCCGAGACAAUAUGACCGGAUUCAUCAUGUUCUCUUUCCCUCGAAAACCAUUCUUUUCUGUUCCAAGGACUUUCAGAGGCUGGCGAGAUCGUUAUUAGGAAAAAGAAUAGGACUAGUUUUAGGAGGAGGAGGAGCAAGAGGACUGGCUCAUAUUGGAGUUAUUCAGGCACUUGAAGAGGAGGGAAUUCCCAUAGAUUGUGUUGGAGGAACGAGCAUGGGAGCAUUUAUCGGCGCCUUGUAUGCAAGGGAAUGCAAUAACUAUUAUGUGUUUAAGCAGGCAAAAAGAUUUUCUAGAAAGAUGUCCAACAUAUGGCUUCUCCUUCUAGACUUAACUUAUCCCAUCUGCUCUAUGUUCUCGGGGCACGGAUUCAACAGGUCACUCCAUUCUGUGUUUGGUGAUAGUCUAAUACAAGAUCUGUGGCUGGAGUAUUUCUGUAUCACCACCAAUAUAUCUAACUACGAAGAAGAGGUGCACAGAAACGGAAUGAUUUGGAGAUAUGUGCGUGCAAGCAUGGGGCUCUGUGGAUAUCUGCCUCCUAUAUGUGAUAACAAAAAACUACUAGUUGAUGGAGGAUACUUGAACAACGUUCCUGCUGAUGUGAUGAUGAGUAUGCAAGUGGAGAAAAUCAUUACUGUGGAUGUUGGGACGGUUCUAGAAAAUGAUUACUUUGAUUAUGGAGACACCCUUAGUGGAUUUACCAUCCUAUUCAAUAGGUUCUUUGGCAACAAGAAAUUUGUGACGAUGGAAGAGAUUCAAUAUAGACUGGCCUAUAUCUCUACAGAGCGAAAGACAAAAGAGCUCCAGGCAAACGGAAAUAUAGUUAUGCUAAAGCCUGAUCUUGGAAAAUAUAGAACGAUGGACUUUAAGAAGUUUGACGAAAUUGUUGCAUGUGGAUACCAGUCUACCAAAGAUGCAAUCUCCGAAUGGAAGCGGAAAGGAAUCUUCGAUACUCUCUUUCUCAAUCUAAAAAAACAAACACCAAAAAGAAGAUAUUCCGUGUGA